GUGAGCGGUUGAACGAGAGCGGGGACACGCGCUUUCAUAGGAACCCUGCUCUCUGGUCAGGUCAAGAGUACAAGUAGGUCGUGCUAGGGGCUUUGCACGAAUUGAAACCAAAACACAAUGCCACAAACGGCACAGUUUCGUAUCUCCUUACGUAAAACACCUAAAAAACAUUGUAGGGUUGCGUAGGAUUUUAAUAGUCAUAUAUACAAAAACAAAAAUUUGUGUGUUUUUUUAUUAUUCAGCGCAAAGGCUACGCAGAGGCGACCGAACGGGACGGCUUAGUGGCCGAAGGGGUCGUGGUUGGGGACUGAGGUGGUUGGGCGUGUGUGCGCCACACUUGAGAUGUCAAGCGACGUUUUUGUUUUGACUCGAUGAGCGUCAUCCCGCCGAUGUGUGAAAUGUUGGAGCCGCGGCUGUCGUGUGGGUGUCUGGCCCGUCGUUCCUGAGAAGCACCCGGGGCACGAUGCCCGGCAUAAUGAUGAGCGUGGACGAGUUCGUCUCCGAAACACUGGAGGACUACAACUCGCCCACCACGUCCACUUUCGUCGGCAAAAUGAACCACUGCCGCCAGAGUGUUAAUCUACUCGAAGAGACGCUGGAUUUUGAUCGAGACGGGCUGACGAAAAUGAAAAAAGCUGUGAAAGCAGUCUACAACAGUGGAAAUGCUCAUGUUGACAAUGAAGUCCACCUUUCCAAGGCUCUUGAAAGGCUGGGUGCCAAUGCAGUCACAAAGGACCAAGAGCAUGACAUUGGUGCUGCGUUCCUCAAAUUUUCAGUGGUGACAAAAGAACUCUCAGCACUUAUGAAAACUCUGAUGCAAAGCUUACACAACAUUAUUAUGUUUCCCCUGGAUAAUUUGUUGAAAGGAGACUUGAAAGGCGUUAAAGGAGAUCUCAAGAGGCCAUUUGACAAGGCAUCUCGGGAUUAUGAAGUCAAGGCGUCUAAAAUAGAGAAAGAGAAGAAACAGCAGGCCAAAGAGGCUGGCCUAAUACGGACGGAGAUAUCACCAGCCGAGAUUGCCGAUGAAAUGGAGAAAGAGAGAAAGAUGUUUCAGCUGCACAUGUGCGAGUACCUGAUCAAAGUGAAUGAAAUCAAGACCAAGAAAGGGGUUGAACUGUUGCAACACCUGGUCGAGUUCUACCAUGCACAGAACAACUUCUUUCAGGAUGGACUGAAGACUAUUGGUCACUUCAAUAAUUACAUUAUAGAACUCUCAAGCAAGCUGCAGAAGGUCAGACAGAAGCAGGACGAGGAGCGUAAGAAACUCAUUGAGCUUCGUAAUACGCUAAGGAGUUCCCCCUCUCUGGAUAUCAAAGAUGUUAGUUCAGUUGGCUACAGUUUACACCAGCCACAGGGAAACCAACAUUAUGGCUACACAAAGGUUGGCUACUUGCUUAAGAAGUCUGAUGGGAAAAUGCGCCGUGUGUGGCAGAAAAGGAAAUGUGAAGUGAGGGACGGAUAUUUGUACAUAUCACACUCCGACGAAACAAAACCUCCUACAAAGCUCAACCUUCUUACGUGCCAAGUGAAGGUAGGUUCUCGAAGUCUAGUGUACCCAAGUACCUUUUAUUAUGCAACUCACCAUCUUCCGCAGAGCCUACAAGAAGAGAAGCGUUCCUUCGAUUUAAUAUCCUAUAACCGGACGUACCACUUUCAAGCUGACGAUGACUUGGAAAUGGAGGCGUGGAAAGCAGUGCUGGUCAACUGCAAAGAAGGAGCGCUUCGUAAAGCAUUCACCGAACCAGGACAGGCUGGUGGCGGCACAGGGAAUCAAUCUCUCCUGGAGUUUCAGCAGUCCAUCAUAAGGCAGGUGCAGCAGUUGCCUGGCAAUGACCGCUGCUGCGACUGCAACUCAACCAAAGAUCCAACUUGGCUAUCAACGAACUUUGGAAUUUUGACCUGCAUUGAGUGUUCGGGCGUGCACCGAGAGCUCGGCGUUCAUGUUUCCAGAAUACAAUCGCUUACGCUCGACAACCUGGGAACAUCACAGCUGUUGCUUGCAAGGGUAAUGACAAACAAUGGUUUCAAUGAAACAAUGGAGGCAACCAUGACGCAGUCCAGAAAGCCGACCCCUACAAGUCCAAUGGAGGAGCGGUGUGAGUUCAUUCGGGCUAAGUACGUUGACCGCAAGUUUGCUGUUCGGACCUGCUCAGACGAGAAUGAUCUUCUGCAUGACUUGGAGCAUGCUGUCACGGCCAGGCACCUCUAUCAGCUUCUACAGGCCUUUGCAGAAGGGGCCAUUCUCACAGCAGUGCUUCCGAAUUACAAAAACACGGCAGACACUGCGCUUCAUGUGGCUGUUGCCCAGGAAGACGCCACCUCCCUUCACAUCGUGGACUUUCUGGUUCAAAAUAGCCCCUGCGUGGAUGUUCAGAACAAGGCGGGAAACACUCCCAUGCACACUGCGGUGCUGCACAACCAGACAGAAUGCAUGAAGCUGCUGCUUCGCAGUGGUGCUGCCGUUGAUAUCAAGAACGCAGAUGGCAAGAGCCCACUGGACCUGGCCAAAGAGCGAGGUUACCACAUGUGCCUCGAGCUGAUUGAGCAUGCACUACAGAAUAAGAAAACGCUUUUCGAGAAUGUCAACAUUGACUGGGGUCUGACGCAAGAUGAUGGGUCAACAGACUUCAGCGAUGAUGACUAUCCAGAAGAUCGCCUAACAUCCGACUGGAAGAGGUCCCGGCCUUCGAGCGUCAUCAGCAACGAGUCGACACGCCCGGAAUCUGCCAGUCCCCAGCCUUGCCCUAAGCCACCGCCGCCUCCACCUCAGAGUCGCAAGCCAGUCAUUCCAGGUCUCAAUGCACAUGGCUCCAUGAAGAAACGUGCGGCCCCGCUGCCACCACCGUCGACAAGCCUGCAGCCGUCUAGUCAUUCACGCACUCCCUCCGACCCGUGUUUCUCUCAGAGUGCCCUCGGUCUGGUGCUGCAUAAGCGAAACCCCUCGAUGGACCUGGCCUCCAGCUCUUCUAUGGAUUCUUCUUUUGACCAAGUCAGCUCGUCGAACCCCUCCACUCUUGGAUCAAGUUCCUCACGGCAAAACCUGUCCCAGGGAUCAGAUGUGCUGAAAGGAAUGGAGGAGCGGCCCAACUACAGCACUUUGCAGCGGCCCAAGUGUCCUCCACCUCCGGCUCCAGGGCCUGCCACAUCGUCGACUGGCUGCAACAGUGUCGGCAACCCCAUUGGCGGCCAUGAGCAUCUGCAGGAGGUGGGCGGUGCUGCAGCUGCCACAGCGGUGCCUGUGCCGCCACCGCGGAAGGUGGGCCACGCCCUUGUUCACCUUUGGUACACUGGACUCUGUCCCAGGCCCUCUGCUGCCAAGAUGCCCCCGGCAAGGAAACCUGUGGAUGGCCAGGGUGAUGAGCAGUGCCACAGCACAAAAGUGAGACGCCGGUGUCGUGCACUGUACGAUUGUUGCGCCGACCAGCAAGAUGAGCUGUCGUUCAGCGAAGGCGAAAUCAUAGUCAUCAUCAGCGAGAUCACCGAAGAUGACCAGUGGAUGGAAGGAAUGAUUGAGGGCGAUCCCGAGCGCCGGGGUGUUUUCCCCACCAGUUUUGUUCAUAUGUUGUCAGAUUAGUGGCACUGGCUUUUACCAAACCAAAACAGUGAUUGCUGCGUAGACCUGCUGAGAAAGAAAGUUCACCUUGCAUGCCAAAAGCACAUUCUUGCUUAUGCCAUUUCUGUUAUUGUGAAACAAUUUAUAUAAUAUAAAUACAUAGAUCAAGGCCUAUCUAUUUUUAUUAUUGAUGAGAUGUUGUUUUUAGCUUUGCUCAUUUCAUUGCGCAGAGGGACAUUUUAUUUGCUGCUGUGUUGCCACCUGCAGCAUAAUAAGUUCAAAGAAUUUUUGUACUACUUGGCCAGCCAAUAUUUCUAUGACUUACUCCAAUGUAUUGGUUUCUUGAUGCAGCCCCAAAAACAUUGUGGUUUUGUAAGGCAUACAAGUUGCCUUGACAGUAGAAAAGAAAGGUAUACGUGGUUCAGCGAUUUCAGUUGCAGAAAUCCUUGCACCUCCUCCGCAUGUGUGGCUACAACCAUAUCACUCAACUUAGCUGUCGCUGUGGCACUCACUCAGGAACUGGGUUGCAGUGAUAGUGCUAUUGCCGAUCCGACUGAAUACCCACUCCAUCAAAGCAAUCUGCAUGUACAAUGCACUGUCAAAGAAUCUUCUCACUGAGCACUUCAAUGAAAAGCCAAAACAAACAUGUUAUUGCACAGAGCACUUGUAACUAAGCACACUCACUUUGCAGAUGAACACGUGCUUUGUCCCUUUGUUGCAGUUCAAGGGGUGACUUUAGAGCAUUGGGCUCAUGUGCUACAUUUGUACACCUCUGCCAGUCUUUUUAAACUCUUGCAUAUUGUUAGAUCGGUGUACAUCUUGACAUCACGACACAUUUAUUUUCAAGCUUAUGUAAUAAAAGUAGCAAUAGCUAUGACAACAGCGGUUGUUAGACGACACAGGCUUCGGUGUUUACACUGCGAAAAUUCGGUGUCUUGUCUUCCUGGGAACAUCAUUAUGUAAACUGUUAAGAACCAUUUAUCUUUAGGAGUUGCUUUAUAUCUCAGUCUCCUUCAUAUAAACAAGAAGCUGUCCUUGUACUUUGUAAUUUGUAAAAACAGUAUAUGUUAUGAUGAAAAUGUGCUAGUGCUGGCCACAAUCUCACCAUGUUAUACAAGCAACGUAAAACAGCACAUAUUUGUGUGCCAACCACAUUCAAGAACAAAGCAUAAUGUACAUAGUAUUGGCACUGUGAAGGUUGUACCAAGGAAUCGUAGCGGUUCUGUAUAAACUGCUCAAGGACGCGAUAGUAAGUCAAACACUUGUACAGGGUAGCAAACUAGAUGUUAUGACAGUUUUGUAUUGUGCUCCCUUCUUCUCUUACCUUCACUGCCUUCUUAGCGAUGUUGCUCCAGUCUUUACAACAAAGUGAAGGAGAAUUGUCGUAUUCACGUGGCAGACAACUUCAAAUGCUAUUUCCAUGCUUGAGUUUGCAUGCACUCUUAAGGACCUGGAAGUUCUGCUUCUCAUCAAGUGCACAUAAAAAAGGACGAUUCUUACACGAUUACAAUUUUUAUAUUUAUUCUCCAAUUUCAGCCUUGUUCUGUCAGUCUGUUGGGUGAUAUUUCACCGCAGAGCCAGUGCAUUUGUCUUGAAAUAAAUGAGAAUGUGCAGUCAUACUUGGCAAGGUUGAAUACAUACGCGUUAUUGGCACUCCCUGCAAAACUAUAGCUGUAGGAGUUUAUGUACGUUCUGUUCCUUGCAAGUUUCAUAGAAAGUCCAUCUGUCAACUCUUAGCUUGAUACUAUUAUUUAUAGCUCUAGAUCAGUAUGUAUAGCUAGGCAAUGGUGUUUUUUUUUAGCAUAAUAGGUGCAUGUGAUGCAGCCAUACUGCUUGUUUGGAGCAAGCCGAAAUUUGCUUAAUCUAGUUCACUGUUGAGCACCAGAAGCUGUGGGGUCACUAACCAAGUUCAUUUUUACAAUUUUUUCUCUUUGAGCAAGAAUAACACAUCUCCAACUGUAAUGCAAGUGAUGACUUGUUAAAAGCUGUGAUGCAAGUACAACUAUGAAACAUUCUAGUCUGAACAAAUUUGAAGAUGUAUGUGACAUAUUGUUUUCCUCUUUCAUACACAAACAUACACACACAUAUUUAUAUAUAUAAUCAUACAAUAAAGGCUACUGCCAAACUGAUUUUCUAUAUGCAGAAUUAGUGAGGGGCAUGUACAUAAAAACCUUGUGUAGACUUCUUCGAGAGAGAACUUGAAGGUUUGCACUUUUCACUGCAAGGAAUUUUAUACAUUGAUGUGAGCUGCCGGUGUGGCACUUGCAUAGUCCUGCUGCUUCAGGGAGCUGUGAUGCCAAACCGCAGUUAAGUGUUUUCUUGCUUCCAGUAAUGUGUGUCCACAUGAAUCUGUUCUUUGAAAUGUUUUUUUUUUUAAUUUCUGCUCCUGCUGAAUGUUAGCGUGUCAUCUGAGCUAUGCCAUGUAAUAGUGAAUUCAUAAUAAAUGUGGUAAAGCUCGUG